AUGGAAAAGCAAACGCUCAUUGAUGCACAUAUUUGGUUGAUGCUUUUUGUUUGGCUUCUUGCUGUACCAGCAGCGAUUGCAUUAUCUGCUUGGGGACGAGAACAUGAUAAGCCGUGGUGGGCCAAAGCGCACAAAUUGAUCAUGGCGAUCUGUGUGACCAUUCCAAUGACGGUGGCAGCUGCCUUUGGCAUCAUUGCAACAGGGGGAUUCCGAGCUAAACCCCAUAUGAUUAUUGGUCUUAUUGUAGUAGCAGGUGCAUGGUUUCAGAUCCUAUUGGGUGUCGUCAAUCAUAUCAUCUUUCGCGUACGAGGACGUGCCAAGGGCGCUGCAAGGCCGUGGCAUAAUGGUUUACAUGUGUGGUUGGGUCGUGUCUUGUUGCUGCUCGCCGUGGUGAACAUCCCUAUUGGCUUUGCCAUGCAUCGUUCAGGACCUGCAUGGUUCAUUGUCUAUGGCAUCUGGGUCUUUGGUGGAUGCGUGGGUGCAUUAUUGUUAUUCAGACAUAUCGUGUUACUACGAGCAGCCAAAUCACAACAACAAGAACAUCAUCCUGAAGAACGCGUAAGAGCAUCCUUUGAGGUGGAUGAAAAAGGAUCCAUUGUCCAUAACGAAGAUGCCAACAACAACAGCAACAAGACAAAGGAAUAG